CCUCUCCCCCCCAACAAAUGUCAAAGCCUCUGCAGCUCCUCAUCAUCCUCCUCCUAUCCGCGCGUGCGACCGCGGACGUCGCCAGCGACCAGGCCGAGUGCACGAACAAGCUUGGUGGGCCUCGCCACGUGCUGCCGUACGCAGGGGGAGCCAGGGCCCCGACGCCGGACUGCUGCACUGGGCUGAGGGAGGUGCUGGGAAAGAGCCCAAAGUGCCUGUGCGUGCUCGUCAAGGACCGGGACGACCCGAAGCUCGGCCUCAAGAUCAACGUGUCGCUGGCGCUGGGGCUGCCGGGUGCUUGUAGGACCCCCGCUAAGAUCUCCGAGUGUCCGAAGCUGCUGAAAUUACCUCCAAAUUCACCAGAAGCACAGAUCUUCACCCAACCACAAAAAGCAACGGAAGGGAGCGCCGCCGAUAGUACCGUUAAAGGCGGCAACCCCACAAGCGCGCACGAAAGCAGUAGUGGCAUAACUCAUAAUUUGGGGAGAGGGCGAUGGUUGACAGUGGAGAGAGUUGGUGUGCUCCUAUUCUUUGCUAGUGCUGCCUUUUCUGGUCUUUUAACUUGAGGAAAGAAAGAAAUGUAUUAAUGACAACGUGUACUCUUGUUAUAUUGAGCUCCUCUUCUCCUCUUCUUCACUCUCAUUAUUGACAUCGCUCUCAAUUGUAUUGUGCGGUCCCUUGUGUGAUGAGUAUAAAGCAUGGGAUCUUAGUCUA